CCUGGGAACCUCGGGGACCUGGAGGGGCGGGGCAGGGCGUGCUGGGAGACUUGCCCGCGGCCCUGCAGCUUCGCGGGAGGAGUGCCGGCCUGAAGCCAGGCAAAAGGGGAGGGUCUCGAGCUCUGUCCCGCUCCUCCGAGAGAGGGACCCGGCCGGGUGGAAAUCUUGCACCCAGGAGCCACUGAGACGCGCGGCACACACCAUGGAACGAGCCGGCCCCAGUUCCGUGCAGCCGAAGCAGCAGCGGGACCAGGACUGGGUGGAAGCGUGGCUGGAUGAUCACCGGGACUUUACCUUCUCUUACUUUGUUAGAAAAGCCACCAGAGAAAUGGUCAACGCAUGGUUUUCAGAGAGAGUUCACACCAUACCUGUAUGCAAGGAAGGCGUCCGAGCCCACACGGAGUCUUGCUCCUGCUCUCUGCAGCAAAGCCCUCAUGCAGAUAACGCCACCUCUGGAGCGCCAGCCAGAAAAAUCUCUGCCUCUGAAUUUGACCGGCCUCUUCGACCCAUUGUUGUCAAGGAUUCCGAGGGAGCUGUGAGCUUUCUCUCUGACUCAGGAAAAAAGGAGCAGAUGCCACUAACCCCGCCAAGAUUUGAUAGUGACGAAGGGGACCAGUGCUCAAGACUCUUGGAAUUAGUAAAAGACAUUUCCAGUCAUUUGGAUGUCACGGCCUUAUGUCACAAAAUCUUCUUGCAUAUCCAUGGACUCAUCUCCGCCGACCGCUAUUCCCUCUUCCUUGUUUGUGAGGACAGCUCCAAAGAUAAAUUUCUUAUCAGCCGCCUCUUUGAUGUCGCUGAAGGUUCGACACUGGAGGAAGCGUCAAAUAACUGUAUCCGCUUGGAGUGGAACAAAGGCAUUGUGGGACAUGUGGCAGCUUUUGGUGAGCCCUUGAAUAUCAAAGAUGCCUAUGAGGAUCCUCGGUUCAAUGCUGAAGUUGACCAAAUUACGGGCUAUAGGACACAAAGUAUCCUUUGUAUGCCAAUUAAGAACCACAGGGAAGAGGUGGUCGGUGUCGCUCAGGCCAUCAACAAGAAAUCAGGAAACGGUGGGACAUUCACUGAAAAGGAUGAGAAGGACUUCGCUGCCUAUUUGGCAUUUUGCGGUAUUGUUCUUCACAAUGCUCAACUCUACGAGACGUCACUGCUGGAGAACAAAAGGAACCAGGUAUUGCUUGACCUUGCUAGCUUAAUCUUUGAAGAGCAGCAGUCAUUAGAAGUGAUUCUGAAGAAGAUAGCUGCCACCAUUAUUUCCUUCAUGCAGGUGCAGAAGUGCACCAUAUUCAUCGUGGAUGAAGACUGCUCUGACUCUUUCUCUAGUGUGUUCCACAUGGAGUGUGAGGAGUUAGGAAAAUCGUCUGAUGCUUUAACAAGGGAACAUGAUGCAAGCAAAAUCAAUUACAUGUAUGCUCAGUAUGUCAAGAACACGAUGGAGCCGCUUAAUAUCCCAGAUGUCGCGAAGGACACGAGAUUUCCCUGGACAAAUGAAGAUGCAGGGCAUGUAAGCACACACCGCACUGGAAGUUUGCUUUGCACGCCUAUAAAAAACGGGAAAAAGAACAAAGUCAUAGGAGUCUGCCAACUGGUUAAUAAGAUGGAGGAGAACACUGGCAAGAUUAAACCUUUCAACCAAAAUGAUGAACAGUUCCUGGAAGCCUUUGUUAUCUUCUGUGGCUUGGGGAUCCAGAACACACAGAUGUAUGAAGCCGUGGAGAGAGCCAUGGCCAAGCAAAUGGUGACAUUAGAGGUCCUGUCCUAUCACGCCUCAGCAGCGGAGGAAGAAACAAGAGAGCUCCAGGCUUUAGCGGCUGCUGUGGUACCAUCUGCCCAAACCCUUAAGAUUACUGACUUCGGCUUCAGUGACUUUGAGCUGUCUGAUGUGGAAACGGCACUGUGUACAAUUCGGAUGUUCACUGACCUCAACCUUGUGCAGAACUUCCAGAUGAAGCAUGAGGUUCUUUGCAGAUGGAUUUUAAGUGUUAAGAAGAAUUAUCGGAAGAAUGUUGCCUAUCACAAUUGGAGACACGCCUUCAACACAGCACAGUGCAUGUUCGCCGCUCUGAAAGCAGGCAAGAUUCAGAACAAGUUGACAGAUCUAGAGACACUUGCCCUGCUGAUUGCUGCUUUAAGCCAUGAUUUGGACCAUCGUGGUGUGAACAACUCGUAUAUACAGCGAAGCGAACACCCGCUGGCCCAGCUGUAUUGCCAUUCCAUCAUGGAACACCAUCAUUUUGAUCAGUGCCUGAUGAUUCUAAAUAGCCCCGGCAACCAGAUUCUCAGCGGCCUCUCCAUUGAAGAGUAUAAGACCACAUUGAAAAUAAUCAAGCAAGCAAUUUUAGCUACAGACCUAGCACUGUACAUUAAGAGACGAGGAGAAUUUUUUGAACUCAUAAGAAAAAAUCAAUUCAGUUUUGAAGAUCCUCUUCAAAAGGAGUUAUUUCUGGCAAUGCUGAUGACCGCCUGCGAUCUCUCUGCGAUUACGAAGCCCUGGCCGAUUCAACAACGGAUAGCGGAACUCGUGGCAGCGGAAUUCUUCGAUCAAGGGGACAGAGAGAGAAAAGAACUCAACAUUGAGCCUGCUGAUCUAAUGAACAGGGAGAAGAAAAAUAAAAUCCCAAGUAUGCAAGUCGGGUUCAUAGAUGCCAUCUGCUUGCAGCUGUAUGAGGCCCUGACUCACGUUUCAGAGGACUGUUUGCCCCUGCUGGAUGGCUGCAGGAAAAACCGACAGAAGUGGCAGGCCCUCGCAGAACAGCAGGAGAAGGCGCUCGUUAACGGGGAGAGCAGCCAGGCCUAGCGAGACUGACGGUGCAUCCCCCAUGCACCGACUGCCGCAGGCCGGGUUGCUCCAUACAUCAUGCGUACUUGUGUGCACUUUGCCACUGCUGUGUUUUGUUUUUGCACAACUUUUGAGAGCAUAGCAUGAAGUGUCUUAGAGAUUGCUACCUACUUUCUCUACUUUGGUUUUCUGCCACUGAAGCGAAAUGGUUAGUCAUCUUCACGUCGAACACAUCGAUAGGAAUGGUGUAAAUGGCAUUCCUGCACUCAGCGUGGUUUUGCUUGGGAAUUAUAAAUAACUGUCUUUGUGUUUCUGAGUCACCAGUCUUUCAAACAUGUUAGAAAUCUUUCUCAAAAAGUAGGUUAGAGACAAAUUGCCUGUGUUCUGGGACAUUUAAAGCGAUCAUGAGAUGAACGUUGACCAAGUGGACUUUAGGGGAGAAAUGAAUAUAAACUUGAAGGGUCUUAACAGAGUUAAGGUGUUGAGAAACAAGAAAAUGUAUUAUCUAAUUGCUCUGCUCUUUCUGUGAUGGGGACAGCUUACCUUACAUGUCGCCUGUAACACUACAACCAGUCCACACAGUAACCCUUCAGCACGCGAUCUCAGAACCCCACCUAAAGCCCAGGGCCAGAUGGUUCCCCCACUGACCUUCCCACGAGAGAGUGUGUGCCAGAUGUGGGAGGGCCCGGAAGAGCCUUAAGCCAAGAGAAAUGUCUCACUGGAAGAUCUUUCUGACAAUCUGCAUUUUAAAUACUGAAAACUUCAAAAACUAAUUUCUUUUGAACUUGUCAACGCCUUAAUCCAGCAAUUAAGUUUCAACAGAAAAGUGGUCACAGGACCACUUGCCUGAAGUUAGGACAUGACCACAUGUAUAAAAGGGAAAAUUAGCCUUUAUUCCUCUGUCAUAUCUACAGGAAAAGAAAAUAAUUAUACAAGUUGCAUCAGAGGUUUGUCUCUAAAAGGGAGCUCAGACAAUGAGUUCAAAGGAACAGUGUGAGAUCUUCCUGUCGGAAUAAAAACAGCCUUCGGUAUCGGGAGCAGAUAGUGAAUCGAAUCAAGCAGCUCGAGUAGGGAGGAGUAUCUGUUCCAAAUGUGCAGAAAUGUUUGAGUUUGAGGAGAAAUUGAGGGAUUUGAUUUAUUAACUUCCGUCCUUUCCCCACCUCCUCCCAAACUGGGUGAAAUAUUUGAUCUGGGUUUCUAACAUUAAUUUGGAUUGAAAUGGUUUCUUUUUCCUUUCCUCUUUGCUUAAAACGCACCAUGUUCAUUUUGGAUCCUGUGUAUGUAUAUUUUAUUGUGGCCUUGUUCUUACUCAGCUACGAGAAGGCCAAGCGAGUUAUGCUAGCAUUGUUUUGUGUGGGUGAAGGCCAACCCAGGGAGUUGUUGCCCAAUGCCAGCUGUGUUACUGUUGUGAUACUUGUAUCUUCAGAAUAUCAUUUUGUUUGUUUUUCAUGUCACGUAGAUGAGAUCUGUAAGGUUGCCUCUAAUGCACCGGUGUGUAAAUUACACAGACCGUCACCAACAAUAGUCAUAUCAGCACACUGUAUAUAUACCUAUGCAUGCAUCCAUAACUCCUGAGUGCAGACUCGGACUUAGAGAACAUUCUCUCCGCCUAGCACUGAACCCCACACGUGACUGAGCAGUUAUGCUGAAACACGGACAUACACAUUUGUAGUGCCAACCACUGAGAACAUCUUUAAAGGCUACAUUAUGUGUGGAGGAUUUGUCUGUGGUGUUAACAAGCAGGAAGUCAGAGCAGAAAUCGUUUGACUCGCUUUAGGCAAUGAUUUAUUUCACCUACGAGUAUAGGCAUUAAAGUAGGAAGAGGAGUGCCGUGCCUCCGCUAUGUCAUUGCUGGAUAGUUCCGUGCCUACAGAAGAGAGUACACUUUUAUUCAAAUAGUUUUUAUUUUAUAGGAAAACCAUUCCAUACAUGGAGUUUCUGUCUGUGGUACAAAAACACAAAUCAUAGUUUUCGUUCUGAAUGUGAAUAUUUCCUUUCUAGUAUCCUCUCAAGUUGGAUUAUAUUUAUUAUAUUAUAUUAUUAUAAUCUCUCCCUUAUGCUGCCAUGUAUUGAUAUUGCCCAUAACGAACAAGACAUUGUUGUUGUCCUAGACUGUUUGGUUAAUUGCUUGGCUGGCUGUAGUGAGAUAACAUGAUAACAUUUAAUUUUAAUUUUUAGCCAGAACAAGAAUCUGUGUUUUGGUAACUUGUCUAGAAAGCUUUCUGAACAUGGUUAGAAGAUUUGCCUUUGCUGAUCAUGAUAUUAUGUGAAUGUGUAUAAAUCAGUUAGCCUCUGCACCUAAGGAAGCUGUGUUCCUAAUGUAGUCAGGUUUGGACAAAGCCUGUGUUCCAGGGAAACGUCACAGGAGGCAGCUAGCUCCUAAGCCUUCCUCAUAGGCCUCUGAAACCACUGUCAGAAACGGGGUAUUGAAGUAGAGACAUGACCUCAUCCCGCAGGUCACUUCUCAGGCUGAGUUCCUUAGAUGGAAAGCAAGUACGUUUAAUCUGCUCCACACAGCCCUGACUCAGAGCAUACACCCAGGAUGCUGCUUCUUACUGUGGAUUAAUUGCGAAGAAGAGUUUCUGUUAGUAGCAGCCUGGAGACAAGGGUGAAGAUGACAAUGUACUAGUAGCAUUGCUUUCCUGGAGGAACUGGAAUCCCAGACGAGUUUUGCCUACCAGUCAAGUGCCUUUAUUCCCAGAAUGUUGCGGACGCGUGAGGCUUGGCACCUAUUACAUUUCCAAAUUAUCUGUGUUUUUCUCUAGAUUACACUCCUUAUCCAUAGCACGUAAGCAGUGAGGCCUUUUCUUUACCUGAUUUAAGACGAGAAAAGACAAAGUGGUCCCUUGCUUGCCUGUAAACAGUAGUUUCAAAUAAGGUGGCAUUAGCCCACUAAAUCCUCUCCAUAUGUUAGGUACCGCGCUCAGCGGCCGGGACAGAGCAGUAACUCCACGGAGCUCGCGGGCUGUGCAGGAAAUGACUAGGAGCAUCGUUUCUCAUUCCUCCAGCUUCACAUGCAAACGUAGAGGGCAUCCCAUCACUUUCCUCCUCAUCUGUAACAUACACACUUUGCACUUUUAUCCAAAAUUUCUUAGUAUGUCUGUGAACAGCCUGUCUUCCUGUCAGCACGGAUCUGCUAACUUGCUGAUAGCUUGAAGAACGCCUGUGUAAGACGUCCUGUCUUCCAUGAUGUAGAGCAUGUUUCCAUAUUUCAACCAGGGAGGGGGGGCCAGAGUUCUCAUGGACCCCUUCUGCCCUCUCACAGAGAACAAAGAAGGAAGUAUUAAAGCUUACCUCACCCCUCCUCAUUCUUACCAACAAGCCUGUGUAGACAUGUCUUGAAUGUUGUUGAAACGGAUGUAAAUAGCUGAAAAUAGAAAUUUGUAUUGCUGUUUAAGAACCCUAACGAACCAUCACGCGCCACUGUUGAAACCUGUUUGUAUUCUUACGCCUUUUCAAUAUAUCUGAACAAAUAUAUAGUUUCGGGCACUAUUUUUAUACUAGCAUAAAAGAGUUACUAUGUAAAUUAUGUCCUGUUGUGAAGUCAUUUAAAUGAUUGGCAGGCUGGUUUUCCUUUCCUCUCACCACACCGAAAACCAUUUCCGAGGAUUCUUCUGGGAGAGGGUGGGUCACCCUCCAGAAGCACCUGCUCGCCCCCCCCUCACCCCGCCAUCCCUGUGACGUCAGACACGGUCAAGGUGGUAUUCACUGUGCGAAGUCAUCACACGUCAGGUGUUUCCUCAUUUUGCAGUGCUGUAAAAGUAAAAUGAAUGAACAAGAACCGAAUGUGGUCCCUUUGUGAGGGCGCCUUGGGUUUUAAGAGUUAGGAAACGAUGUGGAAAUUGGGCUUCACGCUGGGAAAGCCGGUCCAGUUAGUUUCAGAGAAUUUUACACUGAAGUCUGAUAAAUACUCAGUUAAAUUGACUCUUCAGUGUUAUUUUAUUGGUAAUGUCCUGUGCUGCCAGUUGGAGGGUCACGUUUCCCGCCAUAACAGCACUGUGGGGGGUGAUGGGAUCAUUACCAACCUGGUGUACAUGGAGCUAAAACUUGGGUGUUUCCUUCUUGCCAGAAAGCUUGGGCCUGAGAGGAGCCCAGAUUUGUAGCUUCACAGCCACUGUUAACACUACAACCAGCUCUUUUUUAAUGCAAUAUUUUAGAAGUCCCACACCCAGGCUUCAUGGGUCAAAUUACUAUCUAGGAGCAUUAUAAACAACACGGCUCUCAGGAGAUUUUACUUUGGUUUGGGUUUUAUGGAUAGGGUUCCUUAAUUUAGUUCUCCUGAUAAAGGUUAAUGUAGGGCCUCAAGGGACUUCAGACACCCAUUGAUUGUUCCUGGCAUUAAAGACAUUGUGGUAUAGAUACUGGAUUUUUAUUUUAUUUUAUUUGGGUACCUUUAGGCAAGCCGUCUUCACUGUUCACUGGUCAGAAAACAGCUCACCUGAACAAAUAUUGCCAGUACACAUAGAAGAAUACUUAAAACUUCUGACCAUGAGAGGGCGCCAGAAUCUCAUUUGUAUUUAAAGAAGUAGCAACUGGCGUUGAAGGAUAAUUAAAAACUGCUUCUUCAAAUAUUUUUGGUGACUAAAUAAGAAAAAUACAAAUGAGAAUUUCUGAAAGUAAUGAAAAAUUCAUUUUUCUAUUAUUUUUUAUGGUAAUUUAAAGCCUUUUUUAAUUGCCCUUAGUCCAGUGAUGACGCUGUCAAGAUUCUCCUUGUGAAUAGUCAGACCUCUUGGGUUCUCUUUUACUCCCGAUUCCACUCCCGGGACAGCAACCCUUUCUGUACAAAUAAGAAGCAUUUUAAAACUUCCUUAAUGUAGAGUCCCAUGAUUAGCUGUUUGUCUCCCAGCAAACAAGAAUUCUGGUCCCCAUGUUUAAUACAUAGAAAUGUCAUGCCAUGACUUUCUGUUUGUAAGGAACGCGACAGUAAGCCAACCAGAAACCCCGAACUUGCAGAGAGAGUUGUCUGGUUUUAAGCUACAUUCAGCUAAAGUUUGGGGGGUUAGGAGAGAAACUAACAUGCCAUUUGUCUAAAAAAAAAAUCUCAGGAAAUAUGAAGGGAAUGAAAAUAAAGUUAUUUGGAACAAAAUAAUUCUAAUGAAGUGGUCCGAUUGAAUACUCAUGAUAGUGUUCAACCUUACAAUGUCCUGGCUCACUGCCCUGAGCCAUGGCUCACAUUUUGUCACCGUUCGUCCUUUGUGAGUAGCUUCGAGAAAUGGCAGGACUUUCUUCAGCCGUUUUCUAAGGUCUCUGCUCCCACUUCCACUAGCAGGCCCUUCCAGCUUCCCCAGAAACCACACCGCUAAGAGACAAGUUCACCAUUCAUGAUGCAAGCAUGAAGAGAAACAGUCCCCAGAGUGUGAUGCCAGAGUCAGAGACAAGGAUCAAAGAGUGUCUCAGGAGGGUAACACAAGGGGAUCUUUUGAGGAGAGUAAGUUUUGGAGGCUCACGGAUUCUCCAGCCGUCAAAGGACUCUCUCAGCCUCUUGUCUCACCUGUGAUACAGCCCAUUGAGGCACCUGGUUGAAGAAUCACAGCCUUUUGUCUACAGUCAUUGAUCUCACUGGAAUUCGACCAGCAAUCAGGCCGCCAUUUUGCCACAGCUGAGGACACUAGAAGCAAACCUCUUCUGUAGCCUGAGUGGAUUCCUAGGUGGACCGGAAGUAGUGACAGGACCAGAGGCGCUUUUCAAAUGCCUUGAUUUAUAGCCAUCUUUGUUCUGUUACUGCAAAAACUCUAUGAAACUGUUUCCACAUCAGAACACGAGGUGACCUGGGGUUUCCUGGGUUAUGGUCACUCAAAUUCGACUCAAAAAUAAACUCUCUUUAUUCCUUUUGAGGCGAGAGCUGUGUGGUUUUCAUGAAUAGGAUAUUUGGUAAAAUAAUAACCUUAUUUUUCAGUACUGAACUUGGAGUGGCAGGCAGGCUAGGGAACUGUUCUUUCUCUACUUUCCCAUUUCCGUUCAGAGCCACCGUGUGAACGAGCGGGAUCCUUUC